AUGUCGCACUCGACGGAGCUCCCACUUCCACCUCUAAAAGAUGUGAUCACGCAGUUGCUUGAAACUCCUUUAGGUAAUGACCCAAUACCAUGGGGUCUUUCGGUCUCAGUAGAGCAUCUUCUGAUUCUGAUUUACGCCAUUAAUUCCCUCGCCUUCCAAGCGAGAGCUGGCUUAUUAAGAUACCUAUCGCUCGAUAGAAUACGGUGUGCGUCUAGCAAUUGGAGGCGCAUCUGGGAUUCUGUCAUUGGUCUCCUAGAUAAGGAUCAAUUCCUUCAUCUUGGGUAUCCGAAACACGCUCAGGAGCUUUGGUGGUUGUUGAACGCUACUCUGGAUGCUACUGGCAGAUCUGAUGUCAGCCUUCGGUAUAUGGAUAACACCGCUACCGAUGACUUGGGGAAUUUGAAUGAAUUCAUUCAAUGGUGUCAUCAAAGUCCGCCAUAG